UUAGUAAUCUUGCAAAUAUAUACGUUGAGCUUCAACAUGAAAGCCUUCAUUGUUUCUGUGUUUUUGUUUCUGCUGGCUACGAACGUUUUCGUCGAGGAAGUUGUUGCAGCUGGAGAAUGUGGAAAGACUCCGAUUAGUUCAGCAGCAACAAGUCUGAGCCCUUGCUUGAGUGCGGCCAGAAACGUGAGGGCCAAGGUUCCCCCACUUUGCUGCACCAAAGUUGGUGCCUUGAUCAAGACUACCCCAAAAUGCCUUUGCGCUGUUCUGUUGUCACCUUUGGCAAAGCAAGCCGGUAUUAAUCCCGCCAUUGCCAUUACCAUUGCAAAGCGAUGCAACAUCAGGAAACGACCUGUCGGAAAGAAGUGCGGAAGGUACGUGGUGCCAUAAGCCAAAGUCAGAAGAGUCCAGCCAUAGCAAUACAUAUAUAAAGGGGGACCAGAAACAUCCAAUGUCUUUCAAUGUUGAAUUAGGGAAUAACAUGCAACGAAGGGUCAUUUGAUUUGCUGUCUGCUGUGAUCGUUGACUCUUCUACGCACACUAGUAUUUUACUUUACUUUUACGUACUAUUUAAAUGUGGUGUUCUUGUCGUAAUAUUUCUUAAUAGAUUAUGGUUCCUAUCCUUACCAGCUAA